AUGCUCUUCAAUUUAUCGUUGCCGAAAGUGAGUGAAGAACGAAUGGAACCAUGGGAUUUAUUAAUAGAAGAAGCGGUUAAGAAACAGAUAGCGUCGAAUGUACAAAUCCAAGGAGCGAACGCCGAACAAAAAUUACAGAAUCCUGUAUCUCCAAAAAAAAUAUGGAUGAGACGACAUAUAAUGGAUCAGACGGAUGGAAAGCUGCCUGAAUAUUCGGAACGCAACAAAACUUUCUCUCAAUCAUCCGAUUUGCCAAAAAAUUUGAUAAAUCGUACCGGCAAAAAGCUGCACAAUUGUUCAGAAUGUGGAAAACGUUUUUCUCAUUUAUCGGAUUUUAAAAAGCAUAUGCGGAUUCAUACCGGCAAAAAUCUGCACAAUUGUCCAGAAUGUGAAAAACGUUUCAUUUCUUCAUCAAAUUUACAAAUUCAUAUGCUGACCCAUACGGGUGAAAAACCGCAUGGUUGUCCAGAGUGCAAAAAAAAUUUCUCUCAAUUAGUACAUUUGGAAAGACACAUGAGGAUUCACACCGGUGAAAAGCCUUAUAAUUGUUCAGAAUGUGAAAAACGUUUCUCUGAUCCAUCGAAUUUGAGAAAACAUGUGAAGAUUCAUACCGAUGAAAAGCCGUAUAAUUGUUCAGAAUGUGGAAAACGUUUCUUUGAUUCAUCAGCUUUUAAAAAACAUAUGAGGAGGAUUCAUACCGAUGAAAAACCGUACAGUUGUUCAGAAUGUGGAAAACGUUUCUCUGAUUCAUCAAAUGUGCAAAUUCAUAUGUUGACUCAUACCAAUGAAAAACCGCAUGGCUGUCCAAAGUGCAAAAAAAAUUUCUCUCAAUUAGCGCAUUUAAAAAGGCAUCUGAGGAUUCACACCGGUGAAAGGCCUUAUAAUUGUUCAGAAUGUGAAAAACGUUUCUCUGAUCCAUCGGCUUUUAAAAAUCAUAUGAAGAAGGUUCAUACCGGUGCAAAGUCACAUGGUUCUUCCGUAUGCCAUAAAUGA